AACGAAAUUAAUUGGUAGUUGUGUGAUAAGGAAGGCGAAAGAUAACCGUCUUAGACACCGGCUGCCAAAGCGUCGCAUUUCAAAAGUCUAUAUAAGCCUCCCCAUCAGAUCGUUUGGUUGAAUUGUGAGUGCAAAUGAACGUCAAAGUCGUAUGAAGUGAAAAGUCUUUGGAUACAAAAUGAAAUACUGCCGCCUCGCUUUGAUAAGCCUCCCGUUGGUGGCUAUCUGGCUGUGUCUAUUGCGCAUCAGCACAGCGGAAAUACGUCACGAGGCAUUGGGAGAUGAAGAACAGUUAAGCGUAAAGGUAGUUACGCCGAAGGAGAUGAAUGAGUUAUUGAAGGCGAAUCCAAAUGCGGUGGAAAUGAAUUCGACACGCACAUAUAUUGAAGGACGCUCGCUGCAUCCACGCGGCAGAAGCAUGAUCACUUAUACACUGGGUACCGGUAGACAAACAGGUGAUGAUGUUGUGGCGACCGACUCGAGUACCAACGACUAUGAUGAUUUAACCACUUUGAAGGUGACCAUGAGAUAUCCUAGCGGCGGUGGCACUGGUGCCACCAUAACGUAUGUCGAAAUCAAUGUAUAUCAAAGUAACUCCAAUGGUAAGGCUUAUGUGACAUCUGGUGGUAUUGGCCAAACUAGUAUCGUUGUGGUGGUUGAGGCGUACAAAACUUAUUAUUUUGAUUUUUACUCUUGGGUUUAUGGCAAAUAAAGUAAACACCAUUUAUGCGCGGUUUUGUUGGAA